GUCAAUCAAGGCGGCGGCUUCGCUUUCAUCUUCUCUCUGCCCGCCCCCACCCUUUUCAACAGAGCCAGAGCAAGCGAACGAGCGGGAGGGGGGAGGGGGGGAGCGGGCGGAGGGACGGCAAAGUUACGCUACACGAGGAGAGCGCGGCGGGCGGCUGCUUUUCCACCUCGCGCGGCCCGCCUCGCAAGCCCACUAAGAGCCCGUGGACAACCAGAAGCCCUGGGCCGGAGACUUCGCGCGAGGGGGAACCCUGGUGGCAGGCCGGGAGCCAGCGAAGCGCAACUGGCCCCUUCGGCGAAAGGAGACCUUUCUAUGCCCGCCCCCCUCGCGACCAAAACCGAGCGCGCGGUCGUGUGUCCGUCCCCCCACCUACCCACCCCCACCCCCAAAAAAGCGAGUGCGUGCGCGCGCCCGUGCGUGGAAGGGGGCAGCAGCACCUGGAAGAAGUUUGGGGAGCGUCCCUUUUUUUUGCUGCCGCCCUCUCGAGAACUUUCGCUGCUGCUGCUUCUGUAGCUGCACCUGAGGAAUUGUUCGGCUCCGUUUCCCCCUUGUAAAUGCCAGCCGCCCGGUUCAGUUCGCUUUGGGAGAGCCAGGACGGCGCAGAGGAUUAGGCAGCCGAGCAGGAAAAAAAAAAGUCUUUCCCUGCCAAGGAACAAAAGCGGAGUCGUGCCACUAUGCCUCAGCUCUCGGGAGGAGGAGGAGGCGGCGAUCCGGAGCUUUGCGCCACCGACGAGAUGAUCCCCUUCAAAGACGAAGGUGACCCCCAGAAGGAAACGAUCUUCGCCGAGAUCAGCCACCCGGAGGAAGAAGGCGACUUGGCCGACAUCAAGUCUUCGCUGGUCAAUGAGUCGGAAACCAUCCCCAGCAGCAACGGGCACGAGGUGUCUAGGCAAGGCCAGUCUCGGGAAGUUUAUGAAAAAGGCAGAGAACAUUCUGAAGAAGGCAAACACACAGAUGGUGUUCUGUACAAUAAAGGACCUUCUUAUUCUGGUUAUUCUGGGUAUAUCAUGAUGCCAAAUAUGAAUAAUGAUCCAUAUAUGUCUAAUGGAUCUCUUUCUCCACCAAUUCCUAGAACAUCCAACAAAGUCCCUGUGGUGCAACCUUCCCAUGCAGUCCACCCUCUCACUCCACUCAUCACCUACAGCGAUGAACAUUUUUCUCCAGGGACACAUCCUUCACACCUCCCCUCAGACGUCAACACAAAGCAAGGCAUGAAUCGGCAUCCUCCAGGUCCUGAUAUUUCCACCUUUUAUCCCUUAUCUCCUGGCAGUGUUGGGCAGAUAACCCCACCACUUGGCUGGCAAGGUCAGCCUGUAUAUCCCAUCUCAGGUGGAUUCAGGCAUCCCUACCCAUCCUCACUUUCAGUCGACACUUCCAUGUCAAGGUUUUCACAUCAUAUGAUCCCAGGUCCUCCAGGACCCCACACAACUGGAAUCCCUCACCCUGCAAUUGUAACACCUCAAGUCAAACAAGAACAUCCACACACAGACAGUGACUUAAUGCACAUGAAGCCUCAGCAUGAACAGAGGAAAGAACAAGAGCCCAAAAGACCUCACAUUAAGAAACCUCUGAACGCUUUCAUGUUAUACAUGAAAGAGAUGAGAGCGAAUGUUGUAGCAGAAUGUACUCUGAAAGAAAGUGCAGCCAUCAACCAGAUUCUCGGCAGAAGGUGGCAUGCCUUGUCGCGUGAAGAGCAGGCAAAAUAUUACGAACUCGCUCGGAAAGAAAGGCAGCUACACAUGCAACUGUAUCCUGGCUGGUCUGCAAGAGACAACUACGGAAAGAAGAAAAAGAGGAAGAGAGAGAAACUACAGGAGUCAACAUCAGGUGGGAAGCGACACACGUUCUCAACUUGCAAGACGAAGGCAGCGACAUCAGGGCCUCUUCUUGAAAUGGAAGCUUGUUAAAAUCUCCAUGGAUGUCCUUCAUGUAAACAGGCAUAUAAGGAGUAUGUCUAAGGGUGUCAAAUUUUACCCUGGUGUCCCUGCUAAAGACAUUGAACCAUAAAGACAAUCACUGCCAUGUCCCUUCACCAUCACAGAAUUCCGAGCCCAACUCAAAAUGGAGAGCCAAGAGUAGCAUUUCAGAUCUUCCCCCUUUUGUAUCUCCAGUCCGCCUUACACUCCUCCAUUUGUAUCUUCUAUGUUGUCAGUGCUGAGUCGACAGCAAAAUAGUUCAGCUGUAUUCGUUUUGCUUUAGUCAAAAGAAUGAUAUAAGGCAGCAGCAGCAGCGCUGGCUUCCAUCUUGCCCGUUCACAUUGAAGGAACCAAAACGUAAUUUCUUGAGGAAGACAUUAUCCGGUUUAUUUAAUGGUGCAAGAGGAUGAAUCUUGGUUUUCAGAUUCUAAAAAAGAUAAACUUGAAUGCUUCUAUAUUUUAGUUAUUGCCUUGGUGUACAUUUUUAUUGACUUUGAGGUUUUAAAGAAGCAUUGAAAUCCCCUCCCAGAUGUUUUCUUUUUAAUAAAAGGUUUUUAAAUAAUAGUAGAUUUCUUUUUUCCUGUUGGAGAAGAACAAAGCAUUUGGAGGAUAAAGCCCUUUUGUUUUUGAAUUAACUAUUUGUAACAGAUGAAAUCAUUGUAUAUGUACACUAAACAUGUGAUCCACUUCAUCUCUUUAUAUGUGUAAAAGCAACAUACCUUAUUGGAUCUGAUUUCAGUAAACUCUUCUACUCACAUAUUUGAAUUUCCUUGGUUUGUUUUUUUUUAAAGCCCAGCACUUGGAUUAUUAUUACUUCGAAUGUUCUGUACUUGUAUCUGUUUCUGUUAGCCUGUUUAGUGGGAUUUUAUGCCAGUUGUUGAAAUGAACAUUGAUGUACCCAAGUUUUUUUUUAGUUUAAGGCCUAGCCUUUGCCAAAAAAAAAAAAAAAAUGGACAACCAAUAUAUAUUUUGUCAUUCCAAUUUGAGUUAAUGUGCUGAGCAUUUUUGUUGUUGUUUUCAUGUUUUUUUAAAAUAAAAGCUUUGUA